AUGACUGAUGACAUACUGCAUCAGUGUAGGAGGGAAGCUCGACAGCCUGACAUGGACUAUAGUGAUGAUAUGUACAACGAGUGUCUCUUUCGACUACAGGAAUUAGUACAGCAGAUGAGUGGACAGAAACUUGAGCUACUAUCAAAUGGGAAGACAGCACAUUCAACAUUCAAGAUACCGCUUAAUCUCAUGACCACAGACCUUCCUAUGUGCAACCUCAAGCGAGGUUCAUCAAAGGCUACACUCCUACAGGAAUGUGCCGUUAUAUUUUGGGACGAGGCAACCAUGGCUAACAAACUAGCUUUUGAGGCUUUAGAUCGCACAUUACAAGACCUAAGGCAGUCCUCAAGACCAUUUGGCGGUAUCUUAGUUGUCCUGUCUGGGGACUUUCGUCAGACAUUACCAGUCAUUCGAGGAGGUACACGUGCCAAUGAAAUUGAUGCCUGCAUCAAGUCAUCACAUUUAUGGCAACACGUAGAAACACAUUCUUUGACAACUAACAUGAGAGCUUAUCUCUACGGUGACGCCAACGCUGCUGAGUUUGCAAGUCUCUUGCUGCGAGUUGGGAACGGUCAUAUACCGGUAGUUGAAGGACGUCAUACCAUCUUCAUUCCAGAAGAUCUUGGCACAGUUACCGACUCUCCUCAGACCUUGAUAGAGCGAGUGUACCCAAACUUGCAACAUCACUACCAAGACUUCCAAUGCUGUUUCCUGGAGAGAUAA